AUGCGUUUCUCCAUCCUCGCCGUUGCCUUGACCGCAACCGCUGCCUUCGCGCAGGACCAGGCAAACGCGACCACCACCAUGCCCGAUAUUGGGAACCUGCCCUCGCAACUCUCCCAACUUGCGGGCCUGUUGCCAACUCUGCCACCGAACUGGGAACUCCCCGCCAGCGUCAAAAGUCUUAAAGACUCGCUCCCAACACCACCCCCAGGCAUUCUAACCGACCUCGUCGAUGCAGUCCCAACCUCCGUUCUCCGUGGCCUGGUGAACCCUGCCUCUCGCAGUGCACUCCAGGAAAGCGCCGCCAACGGUGACGUCCCCGACUGGUACAAGGACCUUCCGACACCAGUGAAGUCCUAUCUGGGUCUUUUCGCUACGCAGAUCGCCGACCGCAGCAUUACUUACAAUCCUACUGCUGCCGUUGCGUCUCCUGGCAGCACCGUCAAGGCCAGUGCUGAUAGCAGCAGCUCUGGUAAUGACGACGGCGAAUCUGGAGAUGCUAGCAAGGACUCCGACAAGGAAAAUGCGGCCUUUUCUUCAUAUGAUAGUAAGGCGAUCUCGACCAGCGUCCUUGCUGCGAUGGGUAUCCUCGGUGUUGCGCUUGCUCUUUAG